AUGUGGGGGGCGGCCGUGCGAGUUGCAAUUAGUGCAAUAUCGUUGACUAGCUUUGUAGUAGCAGACUAUGUACGGGAUUAUUCGGGCUACCAGGUAUGCAGGUUUCAUACUUCAGAAAAGAGCAAUGUCAUUAAAGAUGUGGUGAGCCCGCUGACCAAGGAUUUUGACAUUUGGACCCGAAACGCAGAUUUCAUUGACAUUAGAUUACCGAAGAACGUCGGGGACUUCGAAGGAUGUGAAGUGCUGGUUAACGAUUUAAAUGGGGUUAUCGAGGAUACAUAUCCAGAAAAAAAACACCAGGGAUACGCAGCAGACACCGAGCAGACAUCAUUUGACGCAUUAACUUCUGCAGACUUUUUCUUCCAUGAGUUUCGAGACUUGGAUACCAUCUACACUUGGUUGGAUCUACUGGAGCGCAGCUAUCCGGAUUUGGUCACAAUUGAACUCGUGGGCGAAACUUACGAAGGCAGACAAAUGAAGGCACUGCAUAUAUCAACCAACAAUGUCGAGUCCAAUCCCGACAAGAAAACUAUCAUUAUCAAUGGAGGUAUUCACGCCCGUGAAUGGAUUAGCGUUAGCUCUGUUUGCUGGACCAUUUAUCAGCUAUUGACCAGGUACGGAGUUUCUAAGAAGGAAACGUACUAUUUGGAUCACCUUGACUUUCUAGUUAUCCCAGUUUUCAAUCCCGAUGGUUACGUUCAUACAUGGAUGCAUGAUAGGCUGUGGCGUAAAAAUCGUCAAGAGACCAUUAUGCCUGGUUGUCCUGGCAUCGAUAUCGACCAUUCUUUCGAUUUCCACUGGGAGCCGACUGAUGAGUUUCCCUGCAGCGAGGAGUAUAGUGGUGAAAAGCCGUUUGAAGCUCUUGAAGCUCUAUCCUUAAACCACUAUCUAAACAUUACCAAAGGUGCCUAUAAGAUACACGGAUAUCUCGACUUUCAUUCCUAUUCUCAGGAGAUAUUGUAUCCUUAUGCUUAUUCGUGUGACGCACUUCCAAGGGAUUUUGAAAAUUUGUUAGAGCUUUCCUAUGGUCUAGCUAAAGCCAUUCGCAAUAAAUCUGGUAAAUAUUAUAAAGUUACACCUUCUUGCAAGGAUCGUGGUUCUGAUAUCAUACCUGGAAUGGGUGCUGGCUCGGCGCUGGACUUCAUGUAUCAUCACAGGGCUCACUGGGCAUUUCAACUGAAACUAAGAGACACCGGUAACAAAGGAUUUCUGUUACCUCCAAAACACAUCGUACCAACGGGUAAGGAGAUUUAUGCCGCUGUAAGAUAUUUCUGCUCUUUUAUAUUAGACCCCGAGCUCUGA